AUGUUUCAUUUGGAAAGUUUGAGGGUCUCUCAAUGUCUCUUGAUGUGCAGAGCACAGAGCCUCUGCCCUGGUCACAGUCCCCAUUGGACUAACCCGUUUUACCACCAAGAUCGCCAUCUGACGCCAACCUCCACUGAGAUGGCACCCAAGAAGAAAAAUCCCAAGAAGAACAAAGUGGACAAGGGCGAGGAUUCCCCAGCUCAUGUGAUGGUGGAGGACACUUUGCUGGAUAUCGAUCACCUCAACCACUUGAACGGUCUGUAUGAAAAUGUCUCCAAUGGCUUCCGCUGCACUGCCACAGAAGUCAGGAACCCCAACCAUGGAGGCAGCCUCCUGGAGGAGAUGAGUCAAAUGUGUCAAGAGCGGUUCCUUUGUGACCUCACCAUUGCCACCAAAACCAAGUCCUUCGAUGUCCAUAAGCUUGUCAUGGCUUCAUGCAGCGAGUAUUUCCACAGCCUGCUGAAGAGAGAUCCCAACUUGCCACGAGUAGAACUCAACGAUGUCUCCCCUCUGGGCUUGACUACCAUUAUCACUUACGCCUACACCGGUAAGCUGAAUCUCUCCCUGUACACCAUUGGCAGCACCAUCUCAACCGCCAGCCGCCUACAAAUACGUGCUUUGCUCAACAUGUGCAGUGACUUCCUCAUUCAGGAGAUAAACGUAGAGAACUGCAUGUAUAUCGCCAACAUCUCGGGGGCGUACAACCUCAACCAGGCCAAGGAUGCCACCCAAAAGUUCAUCCAGGAAAACUUCCUGGAGUUCUCUGAGACUGAGCAGUUCAUGAAACUCACCUUUGACCAGCUGAACGAGCUGCUGAUUGAUGAUGGUCUGCAGAUCCCAAAUGAGGUCAUUGCCUUCCAGAUUGCCAUGAAAUGGCUCGAGUUUGACCCUAAGCGAGUCACAUAUGCUGCCAGCCUCCUGAGCAACAUUAGAUUUGGCACCAUAUCAGCUCCCGAUUUGGUCAACCAUGUGCAACCAGUACCACGGAUGAUGCAAGAUCCUGAGUGCCACAGGCUGCUGGUGGAGGCUAUGAAUUACCAUCUGCUCCCUUACCAGCAAAAUACCCUUCAGUCCAGAAGAACCAAAAUCCGUGGAGGCCAAAGGGUGCUAGUCACAGUUGGUGGCCGUCCAGCUUUGACCGAGAAAGCUCUUAGCAGAGAGAUCAGCUACAGGGACCUGGAUGGAAACUGGAACAAGAUGGCUGAGAUGCCAGCGAAAAGUUUCAACCAGUGCGUCAUUGUGAUGGAUGGGUUCCUCUAUGUGGCAGGAGGGGAAGAUCAAAACGAUGCUAGGAACCAGGCUAAGUAUGCAGUCAACAGUCUGUGCAGGUAUGAUGCUCGCUUCAACACCUGGCUGCACCUGGCCAGCAUGCUGCACAAGAGGACUCACUUCAGUCUGAGCGCCUACAAUGGUCUCCUCUACGCCAUCGGCGGGCGCAACGCAGAGGGGGUCCUGGCCUCCAUCGACUGCUACAUCCCUUCCACCAACAGCUGGCAGAGCAAGGCCGGCAUGGAGAUCCCUCGCUGCUGCCACGCCAGCACGGUCAUCGACGGCAAGAUCCUAGUCACCGGGGGCUACGUCAACAACUGUUACUCACGCACUGUGUGCAGCUACGAGCCCAGCACAGACACCUGGAGAGACCGGGCUGGGCUCAGCACGCCCCGGGGCUGGCACUGCGCUGCCACCUGGGCUGAUCGUGCCUACGUCCUAGGGGGCAGCCAGCUGGGCCCCCGAGGUGAGCGGGUAGAUGUGAUCCCCAUGGAGUGCUACAAUCCUGACACAGGCCAGUGGAGCUAUGUGGCGCCUGUGCCCACUGGGGUCAGCACAGCCGGGGUAACGAUCCUUGACGGGCGCAUCUGCCUAGUGGGAGGCUGGAAUGAGAGUGGGAAGAAAUCCCAGAAGUGUGUGCAGAGCUACAACCCGGAGCUGAACGAAUGGGCAGAGGAGGAGGAUCUCCCCAAGGCCACCGUGGGUGUGUCCUGCUGCACCAUCACCCUCCCGCACCAAAGCAGCAAAGGAUCCAGGACUAGCUCAACGGCAUCGGCAGCGGUCAGCAUCUAAUGGAGGAGCUGGGGGCUAGCAUUUCCGCCUGCAGCUGGGGACGCAGACAGAGCUCAAACCUUGCUUCAGAUUGCAGGGGAGCUGAGAUCAGAAAGCACCAAGAGACCUGGGAACUAAGCAAUGGCUCGUUUCACAGCAGUAGGGGAGCCUGUGGAGCAGCACGAUCUAGCGGUUAGAGCGGUGUUUGGCGAUCUUUGACACACUAUCUAAUGGUUAGCACAGGGCCCUGGGAGCUAGAAACACCUGGAUUCUUAUUCCAGCUGUGAAACGAAAGCCCUCUGUGGCCUUAGGCAGGUCACUAGCCCCCCUACACCAUGAGUAAAAUGACACUGACCGCCACUGGGAGGAAGCACCUCAAAGCUAAGAAGCCCUGUGGACAUACUCAGCUUUAGCAUUGUCUCUGCCCAUCUCUAUGUCUGAUCCCCUCCCUCCUCGAGUCAGAGGCCUCCCAUCUCUUCUCCAGCCCACCUGCACUGCAGUCAGAUGGGGAAUGACGUGUGGCUGGUGGGCUGGGUCCUUAUCUGACCAUUUAGAUGGCUGAGAGCUGCGGCCAACACUGGCAAAGCAACCUUAAUGUCUAACCCCCGUGUUACCCAGCUAGACGUUGGCCUCCUGUGAUGGACUGGUCCAUGAAGCCUCUGCAGGGUUUUCUCCUGCACCACAGGGCAGGGUGGGUGGCACAUGGAACAUCCCAGUGUGGCCAGAAAAGCCCAUGUUCCUUUCAGUGACAUGGGUAGGCUCCAUCCUCUGUCACACACCUCCCCCCUGUGGACUGCAGAUCAACCCAAUCACAAGCAAACCCACUACCCUCAAGCAAGCCAACCCCUAGCAAGACAAUAGAGAACAAUAGAGUCCCUAUCUAUGCGUACCGCCAGGGUUGCCCGAUUCCUUCCAUUCUCACCUUGGUUUUGUUUCCCAUCUAAUCAGGGAAGCCAGUGAGAUCUGACAAUGGGUCAGCGCUGAUGGUAUCAGGUAAUGAUCAGAAUAUGUGACUCAACACAGGGCAGGCAAAGACCCACCAUCCCUCACCGGCUUCAGCUAGAGCUUCAGUUCCCCGGGAACAUGGUCUGGCUCAUUGUAGCCAGUCUGAUGUCAAGAGAGACGUUUCCCAAAUCUGGUCAUUGUUUAACCAAAUUUAUUCCCAACAUUAUGGAUAAGGGAAGACACCUAAUUCUUUAGGUAGCGGCAUUUUGGAUUGACGUGAGACCCCAAAACAAGGCACCUUUUAGCUGUAGGCAAUGGCUUAAUUUCUUCAUGCUGCAGGAUGUAACAAGGAGACAAGGUGGUUCCGUGGUUACAGCUGGCAAUCAGGAAAUGUAACUGCUGCUGGGACUAUGUGACUUCAGGCCAGUUACUUCACUCUCCUUCUCCUGUUUCCCCUUCCGUAAAAGGGGGAUCGUGGAAAGAACGACCCUCCCCCAGAAAGCAGUUGGAGAUCUUCAGCUGGACGAUGCCAUAGAAAUGCAAAUUGCCACUCCUCUCCUCCUAGCAAGCAGCCCUGCCAUUCAUGUCACCCCCUAACACAGCUAAAAGGUAAAUAGGGUUUCCUCCCCUUCUUUCAACCUGUCAUUUUAGGAGGUUUUUUUUGCUUUGUUAGGAUCAGAGUUAAGGUUAGAAUGCCACUGCACCAACUCUGUCCUUUCAGUUUGGAGUCAUUCCACGGUCUCCUCAAAUCUCCUUGUUCUAUCAAGGCAAGUUUUGAGCUCUAGGGAAGCGUUUGAUGGACUGUCUGCAUUUCUGGCUGCGUGUCAAGGUGCCUAUGAAUGCCCGUAACUUUAACUCCACACCACAGGUGCUAAGCAGGGCAUGAUGCACUGAAGCAACCAGGGAGGAAAGGAGGAUUUUGAUCACCAAUCUGGUUGAAGUAUAGACUGUAUCAGAGCUGGAUAAAACAAAAAACAAACAACCAAAGAAAACAUACAAAUAAACUGGAGUCACUUACAGGGAGAUCCUAUUACAGGAAUAGUAAAAAUGAUGAAAGUGACAGACUCCUAUGGCACCUUAUAGAGUAACAGAAGUAUUCACCCACAAAAGCUUAUGCUCCAAUACUUCUAUAAGGUGCCACAGGACUCUAUAAGGUGUCGCUUUUUACAGAUCCAGCCUAACACAGCUACCCCUCUGAUACUUAAAAAUGAUGAGACUCAUAAAAAUUCCAGUAGUUACACCCUUCUACGUUAGCCAGAAGAAAUAAGGCUAAGAAAGAACAGUGACCCUUGACAUGUACCUGUUAAAUCCGAGAAAAUGUAUUUAUCUUCUUUAAUAGUGUCUAGGGAAGUGAGUUGCUAGGGCACCAGAUAAUUAGAACAGAUGUAAACAGACCUGUAAUUACAGGGAUACACAAACCCUUUCCCUCAUCUAGCGGCAAGUACCACAAACCUUAACCAGAAAGUCCAGUCUAAUAUUCACACAGGGCGAGUUAUAGUCACAGGCAGCAGUUGAGAGCUGCUUCCCUUGACCUGGCAACCUGCGCCUGGCCUCAGCCAUUGCUAACACAACAGCAGAGAACCUGGAAUAUGGAAAAUUCUUAAAAAUCGAAAGGAAGAAACAUUUGGGUAGGACAAUGGCACGGGGCGUGGGGGGCGGAAUUUAAUGGACGAGAAGUUUGCAUUGUUGGAUGAAAGGGUCUGUAUAUUGGAAACGUGUUUGGGAAUGAGGGGGCAGGGUGUGGUUAAAAGGGCUGUACCGUGCUAACUCCCUGGUAGAGCUGUCACAUUUCAGUUAAAAGCACAGAAUUCACCCCCUACUAGAACUGUAAUAGCUCCAUAGGCCAUUAAGCCAUGCUGCCUACCAGAGAGCUGCAAUGCCAUUAGAAGAGCCGUAAGCUGGAGAGAGGCAACUUUCCACCCUCCUAUUAAGCAGCACUUUGAGCCCCUGCCCAUCAUGGGGUGCAAGUGGAGCACUGGAGCAGUAAUUAAGGUGUGACGUGCAGCAGCACUGAGACGAGAUUGAUGUCUAGUUCCCAGCCCCCAUCUAGGGCCCGGACCAUCCUGCAGACCUAACUACUGCCUCUCAGGGAAGUGGAUUACUUCCGCCGACAGAGAACCUGUCCCAUCAGCCUAGGUUGUGUCUACACCAAAGUGCUGCUGCUACCAUUGUAGCAUUUCUACGGUAGACAAGCCCCAUGUUUAUACUUAAAAUGCUACAGAACUGCUGCAGCACUUCAGUGUGGACAUUCACUACAGUAACAGGAGGGCUUCUUCCAUCACUGUAGUUAAUUCACCUCCCUGAGAGGCAGUAACUAGGUCAACAGAAGAAUUCUAUUAACCUAGCGCUGUCUACAGCGAGCGUUAGGUCAGCUUCACUGUCUCUUGGGGUGUAGAUUUUUCACACUCUUGAGACACACACACCCCAAUAUAAGUUUUCAGUGUAGACUAGCCUCAAGUCUUGGGUCCUGUCUAUAUAACCAUGCAACCCAUGGGGCAGCAAGCAAACAUCUCUGCACCAGCCAUUCUAAGUUUGGUCUUGUUUGUUCAGGCAGGCUGAAACCAUGUUUAAUGAACCACACUACACUCCUAAACCCUGGCCAGCCCUUUAAGGGAGUGCUGCUGUAUUAAGUGACAGAGGGAAGUGUGGGUCAGGGAAGGGACAGCCAAGAUAGACACACAGAAUAGUCAAUUUAACUGCACUUGGUCGAUUUUUCAACCCUAGCUGCCAGAUCUGGUGUAGGUGCCUCUGAUGGGUUUUCAGUAGAAUUCACAUUUCAGUUCAGAAAUGCAUUGAUUGCCGCUAAGAACUGAUCAUUUCAGGUAGAGUUCACUCUAACAAGCAUGAAGCUAUUUAAGGAUAGUGGAAGCUCCAGAGCCGUAACUUCAGUUGAAGAACAGCUAAACCACUCACCAUACGUUUGUUUCUCUAUCAACCAAACAAGCCACUCCACAUUUUUUCCUUUCACAACUCUGUUGCUGCCAGCACUGGCUCAGUUCACUAGUUGGAAGACUGACGACAAUGCUUUCCAUAGUACGUAGAAAGACAAUCUUCCAAAGGAUUUGAUGGGCGGCCGUCAAGCCAAUGUAUUAGUUACCAGUAGCACAGAGCAAGUAGUGCCCGGGUGUCCGAGUCAAGCGUUUGCCUCAUUUGUGAGCUAUUCACUGUUUCAGAGGCACUAGAGCUGAAGAAGAAUUUGUUAUGGGUGCAGAGAAGCUGCAAAUAGGCAUCAGGGAGUGUUCGACUCUACCUGUAUGAACUGCAUUGUCCUGAAAAGAACGGUAUCUAUUAAAUGGAAUAA